AUGACAUUUACAUGCACUCCUGACGUUGAUACAUUGGAGAAGAUGUCAUCAUCUCAGUCAGAAAAGGUGGCAGAAUUGAUGCAAAAGAUACAGGUCACGGAGAAAAUGGUUAGGAAUUUAAAGGGGGAGGAACUUUCUUCUUUGGGUACUAAUAACUUGGAGCAAGUGGACCGCCAGAUUCAACUAGGAAUGAAUAGAGUAAGAGCGAGAAAGAACCAACUUGUGGAGGAGAUCCAAAGGAGGGGCAAUGACUUGCAAAAAGAUAAUGAUGAACUACACAAAAUGAUGCAGCUCUCUGAAGAGUGGAGAUAUGUAGAGAGAAUUGUCAAUGAUAAUGUUGGAAUGCCAUCAACAGGAGUAGCUAGCAACCCUUGGCAGCAAAACUUUCAACAACCAUGGCAGAAGUAA